GUCAUGGCCGAGCAUUUCUCCAAAAAAAAGCAGUAGUGCGACAAUAUUUUCGGCAGCAAAGGAGAGAAGACGAAAAGAACAGAAAAAAACUUCAGUUUCAACAACUGGCUAAAGGAGAAAAGUUUCAGAAAUUGGAACCUCAGAGUAUAAAUGCACUGACAAAGGAAAACAGUGAUAUAAAUGAGUCAGCUUCUCAACAAUUUAGGAAGAAGACGAAUAGCUGGCAGCAAGCUCGAGCAGAGUACCACAAGAAAAUUGCAGAAAAAGAACAGAUGAAGGAGGAAUCAGCCAAAAGAAGAAAGGAAAUUGAGGAGGCUAAGAAAAAAUACCAAGAAAAGAGAUUACAUCGCUUUAAAAAGUUGAGUCAGAAAACUAGGAAAGGCCAAAUAGUUAUGAGUGGUAGGAUUGAGCUGCUACUUGAGCAGCUUGAGAGAGAAAUGGGCUCUUAAGUGAAAAACCUACAAGAUUUUAAUUCUUAAAAGCAUUAGUUAUGUUUAUAUAAUUUGGAAUUAUAGGUAAUUAAAAAUAAAGGCUGCUUGAAUUCUUUA